AUGAGAAUUGGAGAGAACUCAUCAUUCCAUGCGGACAGUUGCACUUUGAGUGGAGGUGAGGGAGUGAAUUUGACUUUGGUGACAAGUGACUAUUCCUGUUUUAAUGUCUACACCUCUCCAGUAUUCAGUUUGGACUAUUUAAUGACAAGUCCAAAUGUGAAGAAGGAAACCAUUGGAGAUUUGGUCAAACUAACCGUUCCUAUUGCUCUGUAUUACUUGGAUGUAAUAGGCUCAAAUAAUGGAGGAUUUUUCCGAGCUUAUGAAUUUACCUCAUCACAAGCCAUUUAUUUAACACUCACAUCCAGUGAUCUCUUCAUUCAACGAAACCUCUCCAUUAGAUCCGUACACAGUGAAUUUGUAUCCGCAAGAAUUUUCAACAGAGCCCUCGACAGGACAACUCAAAGUUCUAAUAAUUCUUCGAGUGUCAAAUGUCACACUCAUUUCCUUCGACUUUUACAACACCACAAAUCCAAAUUACAUCUUCCAAUUAACGACUAUCGAGCAUUAACUUUGUUCAAAGCCACUUUGAAAAGAAAUGGUAUUCUUGACAAUUUCAUUCAAUACAUUCCCCUCAAAAUUGAUUACACCAUUGUAGUGGCUCCUUCCGACAAGAAUUACACUUCAACCUCACAUGUAUUUAGCAUCGCGAGCGAUUGGUCACCAAAAACGAAUUUCAAUACUGGUGAAAAGGUCUUUGCACAAGUUCAGAAUUCCUCCACACUUGGCAACAACCAUUUGGUUGUGAAUGACGCUUAUUUGUGUUGUUUCAAGGCAUUCACACCAACUAUCUCGUACAAUCCCUCACAAGGUAAAUAUGGAUGUUCUCAAUAUAAUUCUGGAACAAUGGAUGUUUGGAAACCAAUCAUUACUUCACAAAUUGGAAAUCCAGAAUUAGAAACUCAACUUUAUCCUUAUCCUUGA